UUCAGACUGAUCUUGAUGAUGGUCACUGUCCUUCUUGGGCGAAUCAAUUGAGAGGCCUUUACAACAUCUUUCAGUUUGUACAUGGCAACCUUAGGGGAGUUCCAGUGAUGUCUGAUGCUCCAGUAAUCAUGUUUCGACCAAGAGCAUGGAACAUGUUUGAAUUUAAUAUGAUGGUUGGAGGAAAGGUGGUUCCUGGUCCACUGUUUGAUUUUGGUCUUCACAUGUUCCACAACAGCAAACUUCUGAUGAAGGAUGGAAAUGGUCCUUUCUUCUACUUGCCCAAGCUUGAAGGAUCCAAUGAAGUGAAGCUGUGGAAUGAUAUUUUUGUUUGGACUCAACAAAGGCUCGGAUUACCGCAAGGUUCUAUAAAGGCCAGUGUUCUGAUAGAAAGUAUCUUUUGUUCGUUUGAACUUGAUCAAAUCCUGUAUGAAUUGCAGCAUCACUCCGCUGGUCUGAACUGCGGCAUGUGGGAUUACUCCGCUUCUUUAGUUAGCAACUUUGGUAAGUGAAAGUGGCAACUCUGCUGAACUUUGGAAAACACUUAACGAAGUCACAUCUCGCAAACAUUUUUCUCCUUUGUCGUGUAUUGAAUCUGACGGAGUUGUUACCUCUGACCCCAAAACGAUUGCUGAGAUUUUAAACGACCACCUCUCUACUGUUGGCUCAAAGCUCGCGGCCAAAUUCUUUCCCGGCAUGAAAUCCUUUCUUCAUGGCUCUUCAAAUGUCAAUAACAAUAUAAACAAGUUUAAACUUAACCCUUUUGAUGUGCAGUUUACUUUAAAGCAGCUUUCCGGCCCUACUGAAAACUAACAAAGCUAUUGGCUUGGAUCGGAUAAGUGCUCGCUUACUCAAAGAUUCCGCCCCCGUCAUAGCUGAUAGCUUAACUCUUCUAUUCAAUCGUUCUUUGGACUCUGGCAAUUUCCUUUCGCUCUGGAGGUGCAGUAAAGUGUCAGCGCUGUUUAAAUCUGGUGAUCGAGGUGACCCCAACAAUUACAGACCAAUUUCUAUUCUACCAACAAUCAGCAAAAUCCUUGAGAGAGGUGUUUAUGUGCAAGUUUACAAAUACCUAAUGGAUAAUGACAUCCUCACUCAGAAACAAUUUGGUUUCCGCCCGAUGAAGUCUACUAAUGCCGCACUUGCUCACUUUUGCGACACUGUAUUGGGUAAUAUGGAUGAAGUAUCUCUCACCGGCGCGGUCUUUCUGGACCUGGCUAAAGCAUUUGACACUGUUGACCAUCAGCGACUCCUUCUGAAACUCUACUCGAUUGGGUUUUCCAAUCACUCAGUCGAGUGGUUUAAGUCGUACCUGGAAAACCGUUGCUAAGUUACCGCUGUUAGAAAUGCUCGUUCUUCUAGUAAGCCGGUACCUGUUGGUGUCCCGCAAGGAAGCAUCCUCGGACCUUUGUUGUUUCUUCUUUAUGUUAAUGAUUUACCAUCUUGUUUACGUGAAUGUGACUUAACGUUACUUGCUGACGAUACCGUUAUUUAUGUUUCAGCGAAGGAUGCUGCUACCCUUGAGGUCCGGCUAAAUGCCGAUCUACAUUUUAAUAGCAAGUGGUUUUUUGACAAUCUCCUUACCCUCAAUGAAAGCAAAUGCAAAUUUGUCUUGUUUGGUAGUACCCAUAAGCUUAAAUCUUUUCAGAAUCUUUCUCUUUGCAUUAACGACCAUAACUUAGAAAGAACUGACUCUUUUAAGUAUUUAGGACUUACAAUCAGUCAAAAUAUGACUUGGCAAGAUCACGUUUCUUCGGUUGUCAACAAAGUCAAUCAACGCCUUGGUGUCCUGAGAAGAGUAAAGCAGAUGCUACCACUCCAAUCCCGUCUAACUCUCUCCAAUAGUCUCAUCCUUCCCUUGUUUUAUUAUGGUGACAUUGUUUGGGGUGAUAAGAAAAACUCCACUCUCAUGGAAAAUCUUCAGAUUCUUCAAAAUAAAGCUGCUAAGAUAAUUCUUGAUCGCCAUCCACAUGACUCCGCGUCCGAAGCUCUCGGUUUGAAGCCACUGCAUCUCAGGCGACGUUUCCAUCGUUGUACAACGAUCUUCAAGUGUUUGAAUGGUCUUAUUGACUUUGAUU